CUGUUGUAUCUGCCAUAACCCCUUUCUUGGAGCCGUUACAAGCACCUGAUAUGCACCAUGGGCAAAGGACUUCAUCUUUGUGGAGUUAUUUCAAGCAAUUGGUGCUUGUGACGGGCACACAGUUCCUCUGGCUGACUGAGUUGUCAUCUAGGAGGAUAUCAUGGGCUAUGUGGCAGAAGGAGGGGAGGCUGCGGAAGAGAGUAAGCACGCUACUGAAUGCUGCACAAAACCAGUUCUCUUUUUAAAAGGAAGCAAAUACUCUCGGCCAUCAGCAGGGACAAAAAUAAGAUUCAUGAUGAUUCGUCAACAGCUAGUACUUAUCUUUGGAAUAUCACUAGCUAGUGACAUAUGUUCAUGCAGAAGCUGUUAUUCAGAAGCCCAAGUCUCCAUAUAUUAUUACUGCAACCUCACAGAUAUCCCACUUGUGCCAAAGGAUACAGUGAAGCUUUUGCUAACUUGCAACUAUAUCAGACGAGUGACUGCAACUUCGUUUCCACUGCUGGAGCACUUACUGCUGUUGGAAAUCGGAAGGCAAUAUGUCUAUCCUGUUACCAUAGGAGAAGGAGCUUUCAGGAACCUGCCAAACCUCCGUGUCUUAGACUUGGGAUUCAAUAGGAUUCUUCAACUGGAUCUUGAUGCUUUUGUGGGCUUGACAAGUCUGACUGUACUCCGUCUGUUUCGUAACUACCUUGGAAAUCCCAUCCUGGAGGAACGUUACUUCCAAGAUUUGAGCUCAUUAGAAGAAUUGGAUCUUUCAGGGAACCAAAUCACAAAACUUCAGCCUCACCCCUUAUUUUAUAAUCUAACAGUCCUGAAAUCUGUGAAUCUGAAAUUCAACCAGAUAUCCAACCUGUGCGAAAGCAAUCUUACCAGCUUCCGAGGAAAACACUUUUUAUUUUUUAGCCUCCGUUCUAAUUAUUUGUACAAGACAGAUGAAAUGGCCUGGGCCAAAUGCCCAAAUCCAUUCAGAAAUAUUACGUUUAACUCACUAGACCUUGGUGACAAUGGCUGGAGCACAGAGAAAGUCCAAUAUUUCUGUACAGCCAUUAAAGGGACUCAGAUCGGUUCUUUAAUAUUUAGCUCUCACACAAUGGGCUCAGGAUUUGGCUUUAAUAACUUAAAAAAUCCAGAUAAUAAUACGUUUGCUGGACUAACAAGAAGUGAUCUUCAUUUGCUUGAUAUUUCAAAUGGUUACAUUUUUUCUCUCAAUUCUUUAGUCUUUCAAAGCCUUGAUAAUCUGGCAUUGUUGAACCUUUUCAAAAACAAGAUCAAUCAAAUCCACAGGCAAGCAUUUUUUGGCUUGGGAAACCUAAAAAUUCUCAAUCUCUCAAGUAAUCUUUUAGGCGAGUUGUACGAUUAUACUUUUGAGGGUCUACGUAGUGUAAUAUAUAUUGAUUUACAGCAAAAUCAUAUUGGGAUGAUUGGCGAAAAAUCAUUCAGUAACUUAGUAAGUCUGAAAACAAUUGAUCUGCGAGACAAUGCCAUCAAAAAACUCCCUUCCUUUCCACGUCUGACCUCUGCCUUUUUAGGUGACAAUAAGCUAAUGUCUGUAGUCGGCAGAGAAAUCGCAGCGACAUACCUUGAAUUAGAAAGAAAUUGGUUGGCAAACCUGGGUGACCUGUAUAUUCUUUUCCAAAUUCCAGAUGUGCAGUAUAUCUUCUUAAAACAGAAUCACUUCUCUUACUGUGAGAAAAGUGAUAAUGCUAUAGAAAACAAUCAGUUAAUCUAUAUGGAUCUAGGUGAAAAUAUGUUACAGCUUGUGUGGGAGAGAGAUUUAUGUUUGGAUGUGUUCAGGGCACUGUCCAAGCUUCAGGUUCUACAUCUGAAUAACAACUACCUUAGUUCUCUUCCACAGGAGAUUUUUAGAGGUCUAACAUCUCUAAAAAGACUUAAUCUAGCUUCCAACCUAUUGUCUCAUCUUUCUCCUGGGGUUUUUCCACAAAGCCUAACAAACCUAAACUUGUCUGGAAACCAGCUUUUUUCCCCUGAGCCUGAAGUCUUUAUGACUUUGAGUAUUCUGGAUAUAACACAUAAUAAGUAUGUCUGUGAUUGUACUUUAAAGAGCCUGCUAGUGUGGCUAAAUGAAACCAAUGUAACCCUAGCUGGCUCAGAAGCUGACAGGUACUGUGUAUACCCACCUGCAUUUGCAGGGGUACCGCUGUCGUCUCUGACAUACGAUGGUUGCGAUGAAGAUGAACUCCAACAGACACUCAGGUUCUCGGUAUUCAUCUUCACCUCCGUCACUCUUCUAAUGUUUCUGAUGACAGUCAUCGUUUUCACUCGAUGUCGGGGGAUUUGUUUUGUCUGGUAUAAAACUAUCACAAAAAAAAUUAUAGACAACCGUCCACAAGUAGCAGAUAAAAGUGAAUACAAAUAUGAUGCAUAUUUGUGUUACAGUAAAAAUGACUUUGAAUGGGUCCAGAAUUCUUUGCUAAAGCACCUGGAUUCACAGUAUUUUGAUAAAAACAGAUUUACCUUGUGCUUUGAGGAAAGAGAUUUCUUGCCUGGGGAAGAACAUAUCAACAAUAUUCGUGAUGCCAUUUGGAACAGCAGGAAAACAAUUUGCAUAGUGACCAGGCAGUUUCUCAAAGAUGGGUGGUGUGUGGAAGCCUUUAAUUUUGCCCAGAGCAGGUACUUCUCUGAUCUGAAAGAUGUCCUCAUUAUGGUAGUGGUCGGGUCGCUUUCUCAGUAUCAACUGAUGAAACACAAACCGAUUCGAAACUUCUUACAAAGAAGUCGAUAUUUGCGGUGGCCUGAAGAUUAUCAAGAUGUAGACUGGUUUUUAAAUAACCUUUCUUGCCAAAUUCUGAAGGAAAAAAAAGUGCACAAGAAAGCCAGUGGUAUAGAGCUGCAGACUGUAGCAACACUCUCGCAUUGAUAGCGUGUGGGUUGCUGGCUUUCUAAAUGUCUCUUUUCCAGCCAUGCCAGGGCAGGAAUAAAGAGAAAUUUGCUUCAUCUUCCCUUGAAAAAGCAGGGAGAAAGAUGACUAUUUCACUAUAUACCCUAAUAAACAUGGAAACAGCUUGAAAGCAACCAGCAAAUAUAUGAAAGUGCAAUUAUUUUAUGGACUAUGACACACGCUUUCAGAUGAAUUAAAUGAAUCACAGAUGCUUCACAUUUUGGAUGCUCAGCUUCAGACACUUUAGUCCUGAUUUUUGGAGUACUGCUUACUUACAGGUCUGUUUCAGUUCGAGAAGGAUGUCCAUGGUUGUUUUGUUUUUUUUAAAGAGCCCAUGGUACUGUAUGGGAGUGAUCAAGUAUGCUCUCACGUAUGGCCUAGCCUGACCAUGACUUCAUGGAUUACUUACUCCUGUGCUUUCUGAACUCUGUAACUUUUCAUGCUCUGUUUCAAAGUCGCAUCAGUGCUUUGCACCUUUAUGCUUUAAAUUGGUGUAACACAGAUUUCGUUUCUUUGUUUUCUACUCGAUUAGCCUCAGCUUCUCAACUGGAACGUACAAACUUUGAACUUUAUUCGUCCCCUUCCCCUCCACAACUUCUUGGCUUGGUGAUAAAACUACGGCCAUUGGUCUACUUCAUUUGCUGCCUGGUGAUUUUUCAGUCGAGCUGCCUCCUGCCCUGCGGAGAGGAACAGGUACCCCUUUAGAUCUGAAGCGAGCCUGGGCUUGAAAAGCAAACAAGAAACUACCUCAGCAGCCGUGCGGGCUGUACACCAGUGACACGGCCAAUAGCCCAGCGACUGCCAGACAUUCUGGAAGUGGAAAGUACAGACAACUUGUCGGAAAUUUGGGUGGUUCUCUGUACAUCCUGUGUCCUGAUCAAUUCUAAGGGGUUUUUCUGCUUCUAUUACAACAUUUUUUUAGAAUCAUUAGUGCCUGGUACUCUCUUACCUCUCUAAUCAUUUUACCACUGUUUGUUCAGGUGUGUGUCUUCAGGGGGUUAUUCAGGGUCAUUUUAAUAAAAGUCUGACUCAGUGUUCACUGUUAUAGAACCCGCACCUAUUAUUUCUAUGGUGACAUACUCCUGGAGUGUACUGUUCAUUUCAGUUUGUACAUUUAUUCAACAAAAGCCUACCAAUGUAAUUUCAAUGAGUUUUUUGCUGUAGUGAGGAAGCAGGAACGGGAGGUUUUAUAAGCUGUCUUGACCUUGGCUGCAAACAAAUAAUACUGCCUUAACUACUUUGAUGGAAAUGAAAAAGUACAAUCCACUUCACAUCAAUGUAGUUGUUUGAAUACAGACAUGCCUGUGGCUGAUCUAAUUUACUCUCAGUGUACAGGAUUUCUAUUGAUAAAAUUACUACAGUAAAAUAUUGCUUCCUUCUCAAUCAGUGUAGUCAUUCAGGAACAGAAAAGGGCUAAACCUUGGAAAAUUUUCCAGGCGGCAUGGGGCCGGGAGGAGUGGAUUAGAAAAGGGAUUGACUGUGCUGAUGAAGCCCUGGGUGUCGCUGUUGGCUCAGAUAACAGCAAGGGCUUCCCAAAUUCCUCCUGCCUCCCCUCCACUGCAGCUGCUGCCAUUAGGGAAAAAAUGCUGCUGCAGAGGGAGGUGUGGAAAAUGAACCAGCAGCCCUGGCUUCCCACAGCCCCCCUGGGCUGUCAGAAAAGCCACUGCCUGCAUUUCAACUCCCCGCAUUUCUUACAGUUCUCUGAAAACGUCCAACCUUUUUCCUUCCCCCCCCUUUUUCCUUCCCAUUAAAAAUGGGAAUUUUAAAAACAUGCUUAAAUUAUAUUUGAAUGAAUGUCACAAAACAUUUUUGGUCAAGUGUUAAUUGAGAGCUUUCUCCAGUUAGGACCUUAUUGUAUACUUACAAGACACUCCUAUCACUUCAGAUACUUAAAACUUAC